UCACAUCUUGAUUCGCUCAAUGAUCUUAUCAUCAAAUGACUCACCGGGUCAAUGUGCAUGCGCUGUUUACACAGACCAGGGCAAGUACCAGCUGGGCAAGUUAAAUAAUUCAGCGAAUAGAGGAAUUUCGGAAAGGUGAUUUCUAUAACAACCCUCUCCUCUUUACUACUGGACCAAAAAGGGGAAGGGUCACGAUAUGCACUUUAAAAUCACGAGCGGCGCGCUCUUAGCCGUGCUACUCUGCGUUUCAUUCACCAGCCACCUCGUGCGGGCGAGAAGUUUAAGAGAUCUAGCAAGUAUUACAAAAGAUGAAGGUAAAGAGAACACAGAAGAGAUCGAUAGCGAGGCGCAGGAUGAUGGGGACGAGGCUACAGACACGGCCGUCGAUGAAGAAAAUGCAGAUAGUGAUGAUACAGAUAAUGAUGAACAAGCUGUAAAGAGAGGUUAUCUAGCAAACGAGUAUGACUUCCAAGAUGAAGCUGCGGAAUCCGGAAGUGCAGAGGAAAGUGGAAGUGGCAAUGAAGAAGAACAAGCGCCAGAGACUCAACCGAUGUGUCCUCCACCAUGCAUUCGCCCUCCAGGACCAGAGCACUGGGUACCACGCCCCCGCUACGAACCCGGUCCCGCCAUACCUCCUCCGCCACUUGAGCCACCCCCACCCCCACCACCCUGUCCUCCGCCAUGCAUGCAAAUGUGCGCCCCAACUUGUGAUCCGAGCUGCUGCCAACCACCCGUUAUGAUGCCACCUCCCCCUCCUCCGAUGCCAGCUUGUCAACCAUCGUGUGCUCCCACCUGCUGCCCACCACCACCACCUCCUCCACCACCGCCACCACCGCCACCACCCCCACCGCCAAUGAUUUGUCCUCCAACAUGCCAGCCAAGCGCUUGUACUCCAGCAUGCCCUCCAAUCUGCUGCAAGCGUGAUCAAUAGACAAGUUAGGAUUUCGUCGACAAAACUAGAACUUUACGGACGCGCUGGUACAAGCAACCGAGGAACACAAUUCGUUUAUUGCUAUGUCGUUUUAUGGUCUACAAGAUGACUAUUCUGUACAUACCGUACCGUGUAAAGGUCUUUUGCUUUGUAUCUGAGAGCAUAAUUUGACGAUUUCAGUAAAGUAUUGUUAGUGAUUCAAUAAAGUAUUAUAGUUUAUUGGA